AUGUCGCAUGUUUACAAGCGAAGUAUCAGUUGUCACUGGACAUUUGAGGUUGAAGUUGAGGGCAUGUUGUGGGUUCACAGAUGGGAUAGACGAGCGUUUGGUCGGCGACGUCACAAGUCAGUUGAAGUUGAGGACAUGUUGUGGGUUCACAGAUGGGAUGGACGAGCGUUUGGUCGGCGACGUCACAAGUCUGACGUACACACGGCUGAGCCACUUCGAGUUUGCGUUACCGGUGCUGCUGGUCAAAUUGCAUAUUCUCUCCUGUAUCAACUUGCCAAAGGAGAUGUUUUUGGACAAGAUCAGCCCGUCAUUUUGAUACUCCUGGAUAUUCCUGUUAUGAUGGGAGCCUUAGGUGGCGUCGCUAUGGAAUUGCAAGAUUGUGCUUUACCACUUUUGAAAGAAACUAUUGCAACUGAUGACCCUAAAGUGGCUUUCAAAGACAUCGAUCUUGCGAUUAUGGUUGGCGCUAUGCCACGUAGGGAAGGUAUGCUGAGGAAAGACUUGCUUAAGGCGAAUGUUAAGAUCUUUGAAGUACAAGGAAAGGCAAUCGAUGAAGUUGCUAAAAAGGAUGUCAGGGUAGUUGUUGUCGGCAAUCCGGCUAAUACCAAUUGUCUGGUUAUGUCUCAAUAUGCGAAAACUAUUCCAAAAGAGAAUUUUUCAUGUCUUACUCGAUUAGAUCAAAAUAGAGCACAAGCUCAGAUAGCUGCGCGUUUGAAUGUUAAGAACACCGAAGUACGCAACGUCAUCAUUUGGGGUAAUCAUUCUUCAACACAAUUUCCAGAUGCUUCUCAUGCCAAAAUGACUAAUGGCGACAGUGUUACUGAGCGAACUGUCCAAAAACGCGGCGCUGCUGUUAUUGCUGCACGAAAGUUUUCAAGUGCUGUCUCAGCUGCGAAAGCUAUUUGCGAUCAUGUACGCGAUUUAUGGAAUGGCACAAAAGAGGGUGAAUGGACCUCUAUGGGUGUUAUUUCAGAUGGUAACUCAUAUGGCGUUCCAGAUAAUGUAAUGUACUCAUUUCCAGUAAGAAUUAAGAAUCGUAAAUGGGAAUUCGUUAAUGGACUUAGUGUUAGCGAUUUCGCACGUUCUAAAAUGGAAGCAACUGCUAAUGAAUUAGUUGAAGAACGUGACACAGCAUUUCAAUUCUUAUCCACUGAGUGAUGUUAAAUAUAACAAAAUGGUGUUUGAUGAUUAACUAUAGUAGCUCGUAACCAUUUUGUUUCUGGUUAAGAUAGAUAUACGUAUAUGAUCGCUUAUUCUUAAUCUUUCCAAUGCUGUUUACAGUGACUAAACAAUUGUUGUCAAUUUAUUAUCGCUGUUAUAAAAUGGCUGCUUGACUGUAAGAUUCAUCAAUAACCGAGUCAAAGUAAUAUUUUAAGAGUUUGCUUAUCUUACGAGCAAUUAAUUAUCAUUACCAAUUAUUUUU